CCCGAGCUUCGGGCACUCCGGAAAUUGCAAGCGAGCAAGGCGUGGCAGUUUCCCGCGUCUCUCCCCCAGAGCUCGAUUGACUAUGCGAAGAAACAUAGCGUGUAGCCACCCGCCUUGGUGCACAUACACGUGAUCUGACAGAUAAGCUGCCAUCCAAGUGACGAUUUGUUCGGUACUCAUUGUCAAUGAGACUUGCUUACAUACAAGUAAGCCAAAACGCGUGUGUGUCAGCCGCUCUUUUCUCUCACAUCUGCUCCGUAAUUCACAGCGUGAGUCGACUCAGCAUUUCGAAAUGUGCGGGGGGGAUGAGGUGACAUCGGGGUGCUUGCCGUGGCAUACGCGUGCGGGGCAUGCUACGAGGUUCUGUUUGAAAACCCUGUUUUUGUGCUCUUUUUUUCCUGUCGCUUUCACAUGUGGUGCCACUUCAACGCAAAGUACUCUUUUCGUCGGGCGGCGACGCCUUUUUCCCGCCUUUCGAUCGGGCAGUGUGCCUGAUGCUCGCUGCGUGCUUCCUCCGUCCUCGAUCCACUCGUCCUCAGCGCAUUCGUUUCUCUGUUUGGGUGCAGGAAUCGUGUGACACAUCGUCCCACGUCGGUGUGAGAUAUAAAAAGAACCUGGACCGUCGUUGCGAGAGACACGGAAGGUUGGACGCCGCCGCGCGUGUUCGUCAACUGUACUUGGGUUCGCGAGUUACCGACCCUUGUUCCUCUCGUCUCCCCAGAAGCGGGGGGUAGACUGUGCGAGUGAGUCGCCGGGCGAAUUUUGCCGGUUUCAUCUUCUUUUUGCGCGAGUGAAUUGCUGUCCUAUUCCCACUUUUCUGCUCCGAACGUCCCGGCCACUUGUCUGCGGGACAAUUUUGCGAGCGAUUUGUCGCGCUGUGUGACCGCGUAUCUCCCCAGGGGCUGGCUCCGCGUGCAAGGGGUGGUUCCUGAAACGAACAAGGAAAAUUGAGGCGACUCAAUCUGCUGACGGGUCGGAGAAUUCUUUGGCGGAAAGGAAUGCAAGAACAUAUCGUACGAAUCCCCCGCGAGCUUACAGACAAGAGUCCCCCGUCUGCGGUUGUGGCAUGCGUUUCGAAAUCGCGACCGGGGGGACGCCGUGUCUCCAGCAGGAUUUUGUCCGUUUCCCAGUUCUGCUCAGUUUGGAAAUGCCCGAAAUGAUUUAAAUGUAUACGUCCUUGAGUGUGCAUUCGGUGAACUGCGGAGAGGGAUGCACCUGUGUGUGAGAGUCGUGUCGGAGAACGCGACUUCGCGGCAGGGUGUCGGACUCCGCGGAGAAACCAAGACUGGAAGUUGACCAAAGUGAAUCUCCACACCUAGAGAUGCGUGCCUGUGUCUAAGCGCCACUUGUCUGUAUGUGUAUGCGUCGCUGUCGGAAAAGACAGGACUCGAGCCGCGUGUGACGGAGAUGGAUCGCCGUGGCAAGGUGACCCAGAGAGAUCUCGGGACAAAGGCUCUGUCUUAUUCCAGUCUUGUCUCAUGUGAACUGACUUGGAGUGUGUGAUCCCUGUCUCUCUUCGCAUGCCUCCGUCCCGCUUUGCCUGGUACCGCGGACCUGCCAACAUCCGCCACGCUUGGGUGGGAACGAUGUACACUUUCUGCUUGAAGAGAAGUCGUGUGCACGAAGCUCUUUGAUCUUGGUCAGCCUGUCCUGGGUCGCUGCCCCUGCGCGUCAUCUCUUGGUUGCAUGCGCUUGUGGAGCUUCUGGAUUCGUUGUCGCUGCGACAAAAGGACCCUCGCUUUGAAGACAAACCCUCGCGUCGGCUCACGCGUCCAGCUCUUUGUGAACGGAGCUGACAUGUGCUUGCGAAUUCCUCAACGCCGAACCACAAACAGGAGUUUCUUCCAGUCGCAUUGUUGCCGGGACUCCUGAGCCAGAAGGCAGCGUCGUGGGGCGUCUACUUUUUCAUAUCUGCGCGCGUGUAUGCGUCCGUGAAUACAAAUAUGUUGUGUGCGUUUUCAUCGAUUUCAGUACACGGGUAUGCGUCCGCGUGCAUCAUUCCGCAUGUAUGCAGCCGCAUUUGCGCAUUCGACGCACAAUACUCCGUAUAUGGACAUUUGCGCAUGCCAGGUGUAUGUGCCGAUGUACAGAGGCAACUACCCGCCCAGUACAGGGUUCUGGGAAGUCUGUCUGACCCGUAGAAAAAAAAAGUGUAGACGCGCACAUGUGCGGUGUUGGUCCCGCGUUCUCACGAGGUAGCCAAGAUUCAUUGAUUUUUUGGGGGACACUCCUACGUGAAUGCGAUGCGUUCAUAUAUGGGAGUCUUCAUCGUUGUAACGCUAACGUGUAUGGCCCCCGGGGUAGACAGGCAAGCGCAAUGAGGUUUUGAGACUCGGUGCAUGUCUGGUUGUGGACGGAGAGGAAGCCGGCAGCGUAUGUGUGCUUGGCAGCGUCGCCUUGUGUGAACCGGCAUUGUGGAUUUGCCAUAUGCGUGCAUGCCACUGUUCUCUUUGCGCCCUUCUACCUGGAUUAACGUCUGUAGAAUGUGACUGUGUGCCUCUUCACGCCUGUCUGUGUUGCCCAGUUUGACCUCUCUGUAUGCUGUGACUGUUUCCAACGCUGCGCCGAGUGUCGGUGUGUCGCGUUUCUCAACAGGAGUGUUUCCUUGGUGACCCCUCAGACGGCGAGCUCGCUCGGUUCAGUCUUUCCCGCGGGAGCCCUCGCUCUCGGCUGGCGUCGAAAAAGCUGGCUCCGACACUCGUUUCAGACGCGUAUGCUGCCAGGUGGCCUGCGCGAAGCUCCAUUCUCUUCUGUCUCGCCUGUCUCGGGUUCUCAUCGAGGCCACGGCCGCGCCACGAGCUGUACAGACAACCCGUUGGACGUGAGAGCUCAGGGUUCUUCCUGAGGAGUGAGACGCACCGAACUGCCGGCAACGAAGCAGUUGGUUUCGGAACCCGAGAGGCACACGCUCUCCAAAUCUCUCGCGGGCUCGUCUCUCGCCGUUUUCCCCCUUCUUUCUUCCCUGCUCUGUCGACCAUUUUUCAGUCCCCAUUCAAUGAACAAACAGAGACGUCUCUCGCAGUCACGUUCGUCUUGCAACAGUGGCGGAACGUCUGACUCACAUGUGAGGGAGUUCUUUUCCAACUCGCUUCAAGGAUUGUGGGGCUGAUUUUUUCGCGGCUUCUGUCGUUUCGGGAGACUCUCAAACGUUGUCGCUUUUUGCGAAGUCUCUCGCAUCCAGAGAUCGGUGCAUGCACGCCGUCGAUCUGUUGUUCUGUAAACCUCUGCCUCCUGUGAACUGGGAACCAUGGACAGCGGUGCGCGCGCCUCAAUGGCUCCGUCAGGCAGUCCUGGCUCCGAAAACGAUGCAGAAGAGAAACGCGGAGACCCUGUUGCGCCCUUCGUCUGUGAAGAGACACCCUACAUAGGCGGGGAUUCAGAGUCCAUACCCCAGAAUGAUGUUGGGACAGAUGUGCAGACUGUGGCAGCCAGUGGCUUCACACUUGGCGUCACCUCCUGUGUACAUAGAGCCCCCGAUACUGUCUCCGAGCCUCUGCAGCCGCCGAGUGGAUCCCUUGAGAGUUCGCGGUUCCCUUCCUCAGAAACGUGUUUGUCGCCGGCGGGCCGUGUCACCGGUGUGGCGGGGGCCUCGCACCGACUGGCCGCGGAGACAGGAGCCAGUCCGCGUGCAGGGUGCAGGCGAGAGCCAGCAGGCCUGGAGCCGGAUUCGCUGCGUCUGGGCGCGGAUGCCUGCGCCGGCGUUGAGCGGGACGGGCUGCGAGGGUCCAGUCCAGAGACGCUCGAAGAGGUGCUUUGUAAAAAGAGGACGGAGACCGCGGCGGCGAGGGACGCCGCUUUUUUCGAGCCUCCCGCUUCGCCCAAACCGGCGGGCGAGAGACCAGGCUGGGGGGCGAGGGGAGACCGAGAGAAGGGAGGAGACACGGUGGAAACGGGGAGGAACGGCUCUGGGGACGCCAAAAAAGAGACGACCGGCCUGAACACUGUCGAAAGAACCGCACUGUCGUUGAACGUGAUGAAAACGAACGUCUUCGUCUUCCAGAUUCCUCUGUCUUGGGCAGAAGAUGACCUGCACCAGCAAUUCAGUGAAUGGGGCACGAUAACGAGUGUUCGCGUGGAGCGGAAGAGCGACGGUCGAAACCGAGGCUACGGGUUCGUUUGUUUUUCCGACGCCGAGAGCGCGCAGAGAGCGGUCGAGGGCAUGGACGGUCGCGUGUUCGAGGGGAAACAACUCAAAGUCUCUCUGAAGAAGCCGCGACAACAGGAGCCGAGCGCCAGAGACGACGACAGGGGACAGGCCUCUCACGCAGUCUCUCCGGGGCGCGGGGGAGUGUCGCAGAAGGCCAGGAACGACGAGGUACGAGAAGAGAACGACAUGGAGUCUCUGCCUGGAACGACGAGACCAGACUGCGAGAGAGGACGAAAAGGUGCAGGCGUGGGCCCGACACGCGGCGUCAAGUGCUCGCUUUUCGUCUUCCACGUGCCACCUCUGUGGGGAGACGAACAACUCUUGCAGCAUUUUGAGUUGUACGGGCGGUGCGCGAGCGCCGUGGUGGUGCGGCGGCGAGACGGCACCAGCAAGGGGUACGGAUUUGUCGAUUUCGAGGACGCAGAGUCGGCGCUCUGUGCCCUCCAGCAGGCGAAUCAAGCCCACGUGGACGGUAAGCGCCUGAAAGUGUUGCUGAAAACAGAGCCGAAGAAGCGGCCCUACGUGCAUGCGGGCUCCUGCGCGUCUGCCGAGAGGGCUCCAUACCCCCGGAAGAGCAUGGAGCCUGCGUCCGGCGUUUCGUCGCUCCAGAGCCGAGAGCGAAGCAGCCUGGCAUGCACGUCCAGUCAAGAGAGAAGCCGAAAGGGCGGCGUGCACGAGGAAGGCGACAGGCGAGGCAGCGUGGACGCGCGAGAGGCCGUCUUCGGGCCUCAUGGAACGGCGUCGCCCCGCAGCAAGCCCGGUAGUGGGGACGAAGAGGCGAAGAACCAGGACGAAGAGUUGCGAGUCGCCUCUGCGCAGGCGCGGAGCCAGGCCGCUUCGCCCGAGCUCGAGCGAGAGAGACGUUACGGGUGCGGGGCUCUCCAUCGACCCCGCUCGUCGCUGCCGCGUGGCAGAGGCGAAACUGAGGGCGACAGGCGCAGCGAGCGCUUCCACUCCGCCGGAGGGCGGGGCAUUGGGGCCCUGAGAGGGACUGAAGGCGUCAGAGGACCGCGUCGUGGAGACGCCGUCUCCCAGAUGGAGUCCUGCCCCCACUCGCGGCACGUCAGCGACGGCGGGACGAACUGUGAGCGCGCUUUGGACGGAGUGCAUGCGAUUAGGAGCACAGGGCCAGAGGCGUUUCAACUCGAUAGAGCCGCCGACUUCUCUUCGGGUCCUGCGAACGGCCCUGAAGCCCGUGGGAUCAACAGAGCCGCAAAGGCCCACCCGAGCAACUCGCGGAGAGACAAACUCGCGAAUGCACGCUAUGGCCGGCCCGAGUGCACCGUCUUCGUUUUCCACGUUCCUCCAGAGUGGAGCGACGGGGACCUCAGAAGGCACUUUCGACACUUGGGACGCAUCCGAGCGGCGACAAUUCAGCGUGACAAAGAUGACGGGCAGAGUCGCGGGUUUGGGUUCAUCACAUUUGGUUCGCCGGCCGCUGCACUCAAUGCUGUCGCUGGGAUGAACGGUUUCCACACGGGAAGCAAGUACUUGAAGGUGAUGCUGAAGCACACGGACAGAGGCGACGGAAAGGCCGAGGGCGGUGCCGAAGGCCGGGAACAUGAGGAUCGAGAGAAGAGAGAGAAGCGCGAGAACAGACGAGAAGAAGGCCAGCCUGGGAGAGGGACAGGGCCCAGCGGCGUGAAUCCGAGAGACAAAGACAGGGGCGAGAAAGGAGAGUGGCAUGCUUCGGGACGCUUUGGCGGCUCUUCGGCGUUUCGGGGCAUGCACCCCACACGCGACCGACCGGAAGGGCGGCGAGGGCCCAGAGGUGUUUACUCGGCUCCUCUGUCGGGAAAGGCGCUGGACUCUUCUGAACAUCCCGCUUCGCUCCUUCCUGUCUCCGCGCUGGUGGCCCCUGGGGGCACUUGCCCCGGCGACCGGGCCGAAGUAGGCGGGAUCCAGGCCCCGUCGCAGAGGCCCACUCAGAGGAGCGUUGGAGACAGGCGGCGAGUGCCGGAAGAGCGGGUCAUGCCUCUGCCCUCGCAACUUCCGUCUGCGUUUUCCGGCCCUGCUUACGGGACUCCCGCGUCUCUCGGAAACGCCCAGAGUCCCUCCCAGACGACGCCGGGGUGUGGAGACAGAACAUUAGGCCUUCUUUGCGGAGGGCCUCAGGCCUUCCCCUUCUUGCCACCCGCUGGAGACGCGAGAGUCGCCAGAAGCGGGAAGGGCCUUGGCCUUCACAACCACGCACGUCAUGCGUCCCGAGCCUCUGGAGGCGCGGGGGUCUCCGGGAUCCACCCUCAGCCCCUGCGAACGCAGGUGUGGUUGUCAAGCGCACCGCCGCCUCCGCCGCACCAGAAGCCUAUGAAUGCAGACAAAACGGUUUUCCUAACUCAGGCCCAGAGUGACUGUUUUGCCUGUCCGUCGUUAGCCACUGAAGCGACUCUGCCUACUCCGUACGGCCAGCCUUCUCUGUCUUCCCUGUGUUCUAUGCAUCGGCCGCCGAUGCCGCACGACUGUGGGUCUCAGGCGGUUCCUGUAGGGUACCACGAAGGUGUGAACGAUGAAGGAAGCAUGCGAUUGUCAGGCCUCGCGAUGGGAGCUCCCGGAGGACAGCACGCGAGCGCGCGGGCGGCCUUUCUACACUCGCCUUUCCCUUCUUCUUCGUCUCCUGCGUUCGUCCACGCAUCUGACGGCGACCCUCGUGGGCACCAAGGUUCCGCGUCUCCUAUCCCCGGCGGACCUGAUACGCGAGGGGACGAGGCGACAGGGAGGCGAAGUGUGGGGUCCCAGAGUCCACCGUACUAGGGGUAGGGACCGCUAUGCGGAAUCGCAGAAGAACCGUGGCUGUAGAGGGCGAGGACACGGGCACUGGAUGGGGGUUCUUGUUGUUUUUUUAGCGUCGCUCCUCUUGUUUGUCUCCCUUCUCUAUAGAGGUGUCCCUGUCGGGGCAGAAAAACUCAUAUAAGGGCUGUUUACAGAAGACGUUUAGGCUAACAAGGGGCAGACAUUUUAAUUCGGAGGCGCAGGAAAGGUGCCAGGAAAGGCGAACGAAAGGGUCAACGAACCACGGAGUGGAAGCGUAGAGUGAAGCGACGACGCGUCGAGUUUGAGAGCUGAGGAGAGUGGUACUGCAGCGAAAAGAAAGAGAUGAAAGACGUGAAGAAGGCGCGUGGCGCAUGCAGAGAGGAAGAAAGGUUCUCAAAGUCGUGGGAAAGAGAAAUGGUGCCGCGUUGAAGGGGAGCGAGUCGAUAAAGGGAAGAAGACAGUGUUGCCGUCGCGACCCAGACACCUCUCUCCGUGCCUGUUUUGGAGUCAAGCGUGGAAGACAGGAAAGGUUUAGGUUUGGUUUCGGAUCUCGUCCGGGACCCGUGUGUAGCUACACAGGUUCUCUUUCCCCCGUUUUUUUUCUCGCCUCUCCGUCGCUGCUGGUGUCUCCAUCUUUGUCGCUGUCGCGCGUUUCCGUGUUUCUCAUUAUCUUCUUUUGGUUGUUUCACACGGGACUCCCAUGUCGAUGUUUGUUAGGAAGAACUCCAGAGGCGGGUUCUUCCAAGAGCCGUGUGUUGGUGGAGUCUGGAACUCCUGUUUGCAUCGGAAGCGCGGGGAGGGUCUUUCGGAUUGUUUCUCGCGCAUCUGGAGAGGACGCGUGCAAACGUGAGUGGACAGAAGAGGGAGGGAAUGUAUUUUUUCGUGCUUGGAUUGCCGUUGGAGACACAUCCGUAUUUUUCGCUGUAAGUUUGAUUUCCGUGUGUUUUCAUCUUCCUCCGCGUGUUUGCACGUGGCCAUGCCGUCUUAUGGCCGUUUUUUAUCGAGUCUUUGUGCCGUGUUCCCCUUUCGCGUCUCGCUUUCUCCUCCCUUUCUCGCUCAGCCAGUAGAAUAGAGAGGAACGGUUGUGAGGGAGUCAGAAACCUGUAGUCAGGUAACGAGAGUGGUGCGGGAGCCAGCCGGGCGGGAAGAAUCCGAGGAGUCGGUCUGUUUGCUCACCUCGACAGCUCGACCCUCGUGACGAACCAGAAUCAAUCUUUUGCUCACGUUUUCCUCGGAAGACGGAGACAGGGAAUACAGGAGGGGACGAACGUCAAGAGACAGAUGCCAAUGCUCUGAGAGAAAACGGAAGAGGCUCCUUGACGACUCAGUGGCUGGCCCUCCUUUGUGAUGCCUUUCCGUAUAUCCGUGGUGUAUUGGCCGCGUUUAUAAUUGGAAAGUAUGUGCGCGCUGGCGUACUGCCGUGGUCGCACGUGCAUGUACGCGUGUAUGUAUUGAGAUAGCCGACGCCAGGGUCAUCACCCCAUCGGAAGAAACACGCUCUAGACAGACGAAGACGAAUCUGUGAGCGUAGGAGGAUGGACCUUCCAGAUGCAGAAUAGAGCUGUGAGACCGAGGUAACUAGGCUCGCUUUUUUCAGUAUGUAUAAAUAUUUACAGGGCAUUCAUUUAAAUGGAGAAUAUGUGUACAUGUAUAGCGAGUAUGUAUAUAUGUAUAUAUAUGUCUAUUCCCGAGAAUCUGUGCGUUUUGGAUUUUUCUGCGUCAACGGUUGCGUGUUUGUCUCUGCAAAAGUAUAUCCAUGCACGUACACUGAUAUGAUACAUGUUCUCGUCUUUGACAGAAAGCUUCGGGUAGUCGGCGACAGGAGGUGCCCUCCUUUCCACUGGUGUCGCGCAGUAUUUAUCGCGUUCACGUAUGUCUGUAUCUUUGCAGAUAACGCAUUCCUUUUCGGCGGGACGGGUUGGUGUGUGAUACGUAUAUUCCCCCCUACCGAGCUCUACAUCGUGUGUGGCACACAGUAGACGUGGCAGUUCUUUGUGGCAGUGGGAGGCGUUGUCCCAUGGUGUACGAGAUACACGUUGUACCUCUUCUCAUUGAUGCCUUCGUCAUGACGACUUUGUUCUGCUGCGCGGGUGCGUGCUACACGUUUUGAUCUCCAAGCACGGCGUCUUCGAUUUUCUUCGCAACGCGGGGGAUGGAAACCGGGUUCUGCAAAGGGAAGCUUGCAACGUGACACGUUGAGGAAGAGCAAGAAGCCGCAAACACUAUUUCCCUCCGCAUGUUUUGGCACCGCGUUUACGCAGGACUUCCAAGGGACAUUUGACCAGAUCACCUCAUGCAUGAAUUAAUAUAGCCAUCGGGACGUAUUUAGUAUGUAUAGGUGCGUACGCGUGGUUCCCCUUGUAACGAUGUCGCAGGGUGUCGCCUAACGGAGGAAAAAUCGAGGGAGCUGCGGGCUUGCGUGCUUCCGUGUCCAUUCGUUCUCGACUUUGGGGGGGCAAUCGGGGAGAUUUUUCCACAGCAACUGCAUCUCGUUCAUUGAAACUCGCACACUCAUCUAGGAAACAAAUCACGUGUUCGUUAGUUUUGUGUGGAACUCGAAGAGCGGGUAAGUGAAGGGGCUGGCGAAGACUAGGUAUUCAGGGGGGCUGGUGCCUGUAAUUAUAUAUGCUUGACAGUGUUUUAGCUGGUAAUUACAAGAACUCGCUUCUGUGCGGUACGUUUGCUGCUCUCACAUGUAUGUACUGCCAAGUUCUGUGUAUACGUACGUCUAGGGAAGAAAGCGUGCACGUCCUUGAACACAAGUGCCUGUGUCAGUCUGUUUUCGUUGAGGUCGAGCACACUAAACAUGUUUCAGACACACGUAAAUAUCUCACUAAAAGGUUGCCGGA